CGAACUACUGAAGGCCAGAAAAUUAUUGAAGUCGAACAAUUCUGAAAUUGAGAGAAAAUCUUGACAACUUUUUAAAUUCUGACAGAGAAACGUCUUUUCCCCGGUGCAGGCGAUAAUUUGAAGGCCGAUGGUUGUUUGCCCUACUGGGCGAGCUGCCGACGCAAAAGUUUCCAUUUCGGUAGUUUUGUAGUCGACCGAUUUGUAUGAGCCCGGCCCGCCUUCAAUAAUGCCUUGGGGUUUUGUCACUUGCGGUCCUAACGAGGCCUUGGUCGUCUCCGGUUGUUGUCACACGAAACCCUUGCUGGUACCCGGCGGACGGGCUUUUGUUUGGCCUUCCCUACAAUGUGUCCAAAGGAUAUCAUUAAACACGAUGACGCUUCAAGUAGAAAGCCCUACUGUUUACACAAGCCAAGGCGUACCAAUUUCAGUGACAGGAAUUGCUCAGGUGAAAAUUCAAGGCCAAAACGAAGAGAUGCUGCUAGCAGCUUGCGAACAGUUUUUAGGUAAAUCCGAUUCCGAAAUUCAGCAUAUUGCUUUAGUCACGUUAGAAGGCCACCAAAGAGCCAUAAUGGGUAGUAUGACAGUCGAAGAAAUUUACAAAGACCGUAAAAAAUUUAGCAAACAAGUUUUUGAAGUCGCCUCAUCCGACCUUGUAAAUAUGGGAAUAACAGUUGUCUCUUAUACUUUAAAGGACAUUCGUGAUGAAGAGGGUUACUUAAAGAGUCUGGGCAUGGCGAGGACUGCUGAGGUAAAACGGGACGCGAGGAUAGGUGAAUCUGAAGCGAAGAGGGAUGCGACAAUCAAGGAAGCAAUAGCGGAAGAACAGAGAAUGGCCAGCAAGUUCCUGAAUGACACGGAAAUUGCCAAGGCUCAAAGAGACUUUGAACUUAAAAAAGCGGCCUACGACGUUGAAGUUCAAACGAAGAAAGCAGAAGCAGAAAUGGCUUAUGAACUUCAAGUGGCAAAAACGAGACAGAGGAUAAAAGAAGAACAGAUGCAGAUUAGUGUAGUAGAGAGGAAACAAGGAAUUGCCGUCCAGGAACAAGAAAUGCAAAGAAGAGAGAAGGAGUUGAUAGCCACAGUGAGGAGACCGGCAGAAGCUGAAAAAUUCAAGUUAGAGAAGCUUGCUGAGGCAAACCGAGCGAGGCUGAUAAUGGAAGCAGAAGCGGAGGCCGAGACGAUAAGACUAAGAGGAGAAGCUGAGGCUUCUGCUAUAUACGCAAAGGCAAAAGCAGAAGCUGAGCAAAUGGCUAAGAAAGCCGAAGCGUUCAGGGAAUACAGGCAGGCUGCGAUCGUCGAUAUGCUUCUUGAUACAUUACCGAAGAUUGCUGCAGAAGUUGCUGCGCCCUUGUCUCAAACUAAAAAGAUCAAGAUGGUGUCCAGCGGUUCGGGCGAGGUCGGAGCUGCGAAAAUUACAUCAGAAGUUCUUGACAUUGUCACAAAGGUGCCAGAAAUGGUAAAAGGUGUGACUGGAGUUGAUAUUAUGAAAGUAAACCUACAAUAUUUCCCUGAGACUAAUUGAGACCAAAGCUUCAAAUGAAAUUUAUUUAAUGGGUGAAUCGCACUGUAGAUUUUAAAUCAAAAUUUAUAUAUUCGUAUUUACCUUUGCAAAUUGUAUAAAAUGAAAGAUUUUAAAUAAAUACCUACCGAAAUCCACCCAUUCUGAAUACACCAAUAUUUAAGAAAAUAUUUAGAGCUUGAGAUAUUUAAAUUACUUGAUAUUAUUCUUAGAUGUUUUGUGUUAUUUAUGUAAGGUGUGUG